AUGAUGGUGUAUUCAAAAAAAUUGGUUGGCAUCUACACUGAUUAUAAUACAUUAUUUGCCGUUCUAAAUAAGCAAAUUCAUCAUGUAUUUCGACAUUUAUCAAUGUUUAAAAUUUUCGCCUAUAGUAACCGAUCAUUACGUAAUUUGGAAAAGGAAUCACCUAGAUAUUUAUGGUACAAACUAUUAUGCGACACUUUACUACAAAUGGAUAGAAAUAAAGCCAACGAUAAACAAGAGUUUCUUGACUUUCGUCCACUUCGAACAGAGGAUGUUAGUGCACUCUACAAAUUACGAUACUUUAUCGACAAUCUGUAUGACCAGUUAAGAACAAUAUUUGUCGAGGAUUAUUCAUGGUACGAAGAAUUAUUUGAACCAUGUAUUGUUUAUCCUAGAGUAACUUUAUCUGAUAAAGAUAUUGAAAUUCUGAUGGAUAGUACAGGAAAGUACGUUUCAACGAAUGGUUUUUUAUCGACAAGUCGAUCACGAGAAGUUGCUAACCGAUUUGCCGAUAAUGUUCUUUUUGAAAUUAAAAUUACAUUAGGAUCAAACACUAACAUAUCUUUAUAUGCUCUUGGUUCAGUCUAUGCAAAUAAGGAUGAGUUUGAUUUGACAUUUCAUCUUUACACAAUGACUGAUUCAUAUAUGCGAGUUACUAAUUUUCAACUUGUAAUAUCGCUGCAAUUACUUCUUGCCCUUUUAUUCUAUCAGAAGGAAAACUAUUCUGUUGCUUUGGAACAUGGUAAACAAGCAAUUGGGUUAAUCGAAGGACUUAGUUCAGUAGAUUAUCAAACAAAAGCAGAUGUAUUUGAAACAGUAGAUAAUAUUUAUGCUGUAACUGUUACAUCUUAUCCAUUAGCCAUUGAAUAUUUUGAAAGAACAUUAGAAUUGAUCAAUACAAUGUACUAUUAUAACUCAUCAAGAAAGGCUAAUUUAUUGUUAAAGUUAAGUGGUUUGUAUGAAGAAACAGCAGAGAUUGACAAAGCAGUGAGAUAA